AAACUUUGUCCAUGAACGAUGACCUCGCCGUCGUCGUUGUCGUUGUCGUCGUCGAUGGAGUGGAUGAAUCCGUGGAGUAAGUCGCUUUCCUCCCAGACGACUCUCGAAUCACCCGCCACGAUGCCAAUUCAUUUCUUCUCUGAAUCACAACGCAGCCUCGGGGACUCAUUCACCCGACGUGCGAGCAUAACCCAGCAGCCUCGAGAACCAAAGGGAAAGGAGAAGGACCUCUCAUCUCAUGAUUCCUCUCUCAGAUAUCCCUACUUGUACCCUUCACAGCAGCAGCACUCUCAAACCAAAUCCACUCCAAAGCCCACAUCUCCAAGAAAGCCCCGUACCUCCCUCCUCUUCUCUCUCGUCCGCAAAAAGACUGGCUCUACUACUAGCCCUGUUUCCCAAUAUUCGCAUCCGCUAGUCAUGCCCGGGGUCAUGGAGAUCACUCGCCCAUAUUCAUAUGUCCAAGAAGAAGAGGAGCGAGAGAGACUUAGAGAUGCUGCGGCUCAGAGUAUCGGCCUUGUCGACUAUGCUGCCAGCGAGCACCCAGAGGAUACUCGGGAGGACCUAGUUGGCCCUGUGCCACCAUCAGCGACCAUUGAUUCGCACAUAUCCUUACCUUUGCCUAUACCUCCAUCACCCAUACCUUCACCAACUCCUACUCUCUUACCUCAUCUCCCGCCUUUCCCCACAACCCUUGCCUCCCUUGGUUCACGAAUCACACUCAUGGGCACAUUCCCCAAAUUCUGUCCCUCAUCCUCCCUCCUCGUAUACGCCCUCGCAAAGCAAUGGAAGACAAGAUCCAUCGUCCUCACAACUGCGACCUCGGCCGCCGCACAAACAGUCACACACCUGCAUCUCUUCAAAUCAAAUCUUCCCUCAUCCUCAGAGAUUCAUCGCUUACCUAUCACCCAAGACACCGCGAUAUACGUAGCUGAGCACUCCGGACCCAGCAUGAACACCACGCGGACCAGCACCCUCAGUAAACGCGACAGUAGGAGCGGGGCAAGAGGCAGUGGAGGCAAAUCAAACGGCACCGUCGUUGCUAUCGAGCAGGGUGAGAUCAUUUGGCAUUUUGAGAUGCAGGACCCGAACGAGAGACAAAAUUGGAUUGGUGCUAUAAAAGCAGUUGUCCUGGGGCAAAGAUCCAUGCGUGCAGGUAUCACCGCGUCACCACACCUCAGGGGGCACGAGCCUCGCGGGGACAUGGAUGUCAUGCUCUCCAUGCGACUCCAAGCGUCAUUAUCUUCCGCCGCAUCCCCUGUACCACCCCCUGCUUCGUCACCCCGCACCUCGUCGUCUCCCCCACCCGUGUUGGCUGGUGGUGCGUCCCCACAGCCCGCGUCACCAAUUCGCGCCUCUUUGUCGCUCGAGGGCAUGCGUUCCCAACCGCACACAAGGUCGUCGACACCCAGCAUACCUGCAAGCACCGAGCUCUUCACUCGCGCAUCAAGUAUCAAGUCAAAUAAGAAAUCCAGCGCACAUAGAUCCAGCUCAAGGUCCAGUCCAAGCUCUGUUUCCAUGCUCUCACCAACGCACUCUUCCAAAUCGUCGACGUCUACUACCAAGACGAUCAAGGGCAUGUUUGCACCUCGGUCUCGUUCGCCGUCUUUGUCUCUCAACGGACACGAGCGGGAAAGUGAGUAUGCAGAAGAGAGCUUUGGGACGGUGGGGAGCAGUUUAAUGGGUAUCGCCAGUGGCGUGGGCGUGAGCACCAAGAGGAGCAGCUCGCCAAUGCGCCGCUCGGACUCACCCGUACCAAGCGUGGCAUCGUCAGGGCGCGACGGGUCUAGCGUGCACCUACCAAAUGAGAGCAUACACAGUGGAUGCGUGAGCUCGAGCAUCUGCAGCGCCAGCAUCAACGGAAUCCCUGCUUGUGAUCUCAAGAUCGUCAAAGAGGACGAACGGUGGGCUCCUUCUCCAUCCACUGAUACACCCGAGAAUUCGCAGUCACAUACGGCUCUGCUUUCCCACUCGAAUUCACAUUCGCACUCUCUUCAACCACCCCCGAGGUGUAGGAAGCAUACGUUUGUGCAUCCACUUGCAGACGACAUAUGCCAAGAGAUGGAUACUGUGCCCAGUAUCCAUACUUUUACUGAGGACUCCUCAGGUACCACCGUCACCCCACGCUCCAUCACCCCCAUCCCCACGCCCAACCCAGCACGUCUAUCAGUGCAAACCACAUCUACCACGGCCUCCAGCUCUGUCGAAAGAUCUGGUUCUUCAUCCUCCACGCCCUCCCGCCGAUGGUCUCGAACGCUUCCAAAGCGGUUAACACCUCCAAGUGGCCCCCUCCCCCUAACACCACCGUACGAAUCUGAGCUGAGCAUCAGCCCCAGCUCUGUGAGUUCUGAUAGCCCAGGCGCAGCGUUUUGGAAACGUGCGAGCGGGUCGAGUAGUGUGAGUAGUGCGAGCGCGAGGUCGAGCUCGAUACAACAUUCUGCUCAGCGCACGAGCCCAAUUGGUUCUUUCGGUGUUAUUGGUAUGGGUAAUGGAAGUAUAGGCGUGGGGGGUAAACGCCGCUCGAUGCCCCCUCCGCGCCCUGCACCGAGCUUUGCGCCUCCACCUGCGCCUGAGCAACAACAGCCGCAGCCGCAGCCCCAACCCCAACCCCAACCCCAAUCCCAGAAAACACUGUUCAGAACGUCUGUUGCUCAGCGCGCGUUGAGGCUUAGCUUGACUGCACCACGUCCACCACCGUCAGGGGUCCUACCGCCACGCCCAGACGAACCUGCAUACGCACAAGUUCACCGCAAUAGCGAAGAAAUACCAAUACGUCCUGAUAGUGCUGCGUCCUCGCGGAGCAUGUCUAUCAAGCAGCGUCUGCGGAUUCUUAGUGCUCCGUCACCUGUCGUCCCGUCGCAUGAUACCACACCCGACCAAAUCGCGCCUCCCCUUACCAGUACUAUUGCGCCCCACAUCAUUAGCAGGAGCACCAGCACCAGCAGCACCGGCAGCAGUACAGGUAGUAGUACCACCCAUUCACGACCCCAAACGCCCCCCCUCCCAGGCACGCCCAUAACAACGAUGCAGAACCACCCAAGCUUUUUAUCGCUGAAUGCACCUCUUCCUACGAUUCCACCACGUAAUCCGCUCCGCCCAGCUCCGCCGCCGCGCCUCGCACCUGAGAUUACGUCAUUGUCGCCGCCUCCGAGACGGGGGAGUAAGCAGCUUAUGGUUGCGCAGCAUGUCCCUGAUAGUGAGGAUGAGAGGGAGAGGGAGGAGAAGGAGAGUGUAAAUAGAGAGUCUGGCCUCCCUGAUUUCUCGGAUAUUCGCGGGCAUGGGGAUUCGGUGGUGUCGCUUGGCUUCGUAGCCUUGGAGUGAGGGUGGAGUGAUGUGUUUGUCUGUCACGAGCUUUGAACUUUGGGCGCUAAGCUUUUAUCCCUUCUUGCAGUCGUCGGGUUCAUAUCUUUUUGCAUUCAUGUUGAACGUUGUGGUGCAUAUCAUUAGCUUAGUCCACACACGCAAUCUACAAUGUACACAUACAUUACAUAUCCGCCAGCGGCUUCUCGCUGUGCUGUGCCGUUGGUAUUUAUCAUUCAUGAUUGGGGCAUCGGCAGCCCUGUGGAAUCGGAUGUCUGUGUCUGUCUCUUGUCGUGUACCUCGCGCGCAGUAAUCAAUAAUGCGUAUGAACCGAUGCCC